AUGGCCGACCGCAAAGGCGCCUACGGCGGCGCCCCCGCCAGCGACACCUCAUUCCGCAAAACCUGGGACCGCGAAGAAUAUGCCCAAAAAGCCGUCGAGCGCGAACAACGCCUCAAAGACGAAGGAAAAGCCAGAUACGAAGCCGCGGCCGCAGGCAAAAAAUACCACGCCCGCGCCUCCACCCCGGAAGAUGCUCGCGACACCGAAGCCCGUCGCUCGCGGCUGGAUGUCUCUGCUCAGAUUGGCAAAACGAUGCUCGUGCCUGCUGGCUCGGCGGUGGGUAAACGCGGCAAGGGAGCGGGAUUCUAUUGCGAUGCUUGUGACUUGACGUUUAAAGACAAUUUGCAGUUUGUGGAGCAUUUGAACAGUAAGCAGCAUUUGUAUGCGACGGGGCAGAGUGGAGAGGUCAAGAGGGCUACGCUAGAGGAUGUGGUGGAGAGAUUGGAGUAUCUGAAGAGGAAGAGAGAAGAGGAAAAGGCGAAAGAGACUGUGGAUUUGGGGACGAGGUUGGAGGUUGCGAAGGAGGUUGAGGAGAAGGAGAGGGCGGAGAAGAGGAGGAGGAGGAAUGAGAAGAGGAGGAAGAAUAAAGGUGGUGAAGAGACGGAAGUCAAGGUUGAGGUGGAGAAUGAUGGGGUCAUCUGUUGA